GACGCCGCCAAGAUGCACUUGGAGAAUUGUCUGCUGUUUUACACAUCGGCUGCCUUGCUUUUCUGCAGCUACCAGCAGGCUGCAGGACAAACGCCUGGGUGCACUGUGGAUAACGGUGUCCAAAGUGGAAUCACUUGCUCAGGUGAUCUGGAAGUCUCCCAAAUUGAGGAUUUCUUUAAAGAACUGGUUCAACUUGGUACGGUUUCGUUCCAACAACUGCGGAUCUCCGACAACGCCCUCAUUCAGCGUCUGCCGGUCGGCUUCCUUGGCGAACUCCAAUUCACUCAGAUUUGGAUACUUUCUUGUCCAAACCUCGUGCAAGUGGACGAUUUUCUCGGGGCUUCGAGGGACACUGUCUCCAAAGUGAUGUUGUACUGGAACAGCUUGUCGGAAGUUCCUCAACUGACCUCCACCACACUUUACGAGCUCCACGUCUACCAGACGGAAAAACGCGUUGUGGUUCGGAGAUCAGCGUUCGAGCGUUCGAGAGCCAUCAGGAAACUCGAGUUCAGGAAGGCUACAGUUGAACCUUUCGCCUUCCUCGACUUGAAGGAGUUGUUUUCACUCUACAUCCGGGAUAUCUCGCCGACGCCUCUGGUCGCGGGCUCCUUCCACUUCGCGUCUCCGGCGCUCGGCUACGUUGAGCUGACGUCAUACGAGCCUUGGGAAGGCCGCGCCGAACCAGGGACAUUCGGAGGAAUCACGAACACCACGUGGUUCAGAAUGGGAGCUGCAGCCCUCGUCCCGCCAGCCGUCUUCUUCCCUGUCUUUAGCCGUUCUUCUAUGUCCGAGAUUUUCAAUCCAAUAAGGUGUGAUUGCCAAGUAGCUUGGAUACGAUUGUCGACCUUCCUGCCUCGAACAACCAUCCGAUGCGCCACCGAGACUUCCUUCGUCGCGCUGCCAGACGUCGAUGAAGCUGAAUUCAGGGACUGCGGCUCCAGCUGCACCGCCCGACCGCUCGGCAAAGGAUCACAUCUUCGCAAAAGGGACUGA